CUUGUAUAUUUUGCAAGCGCAAAGCUCUGUUCGAAUCUUCAGUUUUUUUGCUCAGAUCUCCCAAUCUUUCUCGUGGAUCUGUACGAAUUCAAAGACCCAGACUUCGAACAUGUCGGCGCUUUUCAAUUUCAAUUCGUUUUUGACGGUGGUGCUGCUCGUGAUUUGCACGUGCACGUUCUUGAAGAUGCAGUUCCCGGCCGUCCUCGAGCAGAAAACUGGGUUCCGGGGAUUUUUUUGGAAGGCAGCAAGAAUAGGUGAACGCUUGAGUCCUUGGGUUGCUGCUGGAUGCUUUACAAUGGGAAUUUCAAUCUUAUUUUUCUAGGCCCAGGUUGCUUUUGUGCUCCAGGAAGCUGCUGCAGGUCUUUGUUAAUGUCUCUUUUUUGGCCUAACACAUGUAUUGGUUCUUGUUCAUGACCUCGUAGGAAUUGCGAUGCUAAUGAAUUUUACAUAUUAGGUUUCUGGUUUAAAUGAUUUGAACAUCUAAUUGGUGGUUUAAUUUUGCGACACAAACUUGUAUAACUUGCAUGUUGAUUUGUAUAUAGAUAGUGUUACAGUUAUUUCUAUCUCCACAUCAUGAAUGAAUGGAAAUUCAGCUUCUUA